AUGAAGUGGCCACAGUUUAGGCAUCGCAUAGCUCAACGCUAUGAACGAUAUGGCAAUGGAGUCGAAGCACCGGAAAAGUUGGAAAUUAUUAAAGAGAAGUGCAAUGAAAUUGGGAAUACAAACGGCACGGGUAGACUUUUCUGGGAUAUAGUCACCGGCUUGAAAUGGGCAGGGUACCUCAAACCAAGGAUCCGGGAUGUGGUUAUGGAGAGUCCCAGCAUUCGAUUCUACGAGAAAGUUAACUUAUUUUGCACAUUGCCCGAUGAUAAAAUGUUGAAAUACACACCCAUUAUAAACGCUAAACUGGUCGAGACUAAAAAACUACGUGACCGUUACCUUGGAUAUUUAGAAGAUGCUUUGAAACAGUCGAGAAUUAACAUGGGCGAAAUAGUAUGCAUUGGCCGUGACUUCUGGGCUAAAGUGAUUGAUAUGCACGACGACAUCGAUGGGUUCAGGGAGUUCUCACACAAACGUAUUGAACUCUAUCCGGCAAUACUGAACAGAACGGAGCACAUGUUGGGCGUAAAGGUGGACACAAAGUGCGAGAUGAAAGAGUCCUACCCCGAAGCAACACUUAAAUCGUAUACCGUGUUGAUGGGUAGAUUACUUACAAAUGGGCAUUCAGUCUUGAUGGGUAGCGACACAUGGCGUCCAAUCCCCGUCUGCUCCCUUCCGGUCCGCACAUCCUCUGCUUCUGUCCGGUCGUCGCGCUCUCCGCGCUGGUCGACUGCGUGGCCUAUAGUCUCCGAACGGUUUAGACAUCCGGUGUUAGUGGCGGUGUCGACCAUUGCGGUGCGAGUCCGCGGUUUGCAGAGUCCAUCCAGUGGUGUUCGAACCGACGGUUUUACCGAGCCGUCCGUGUACAGGGGAGGAAGGGAGGAAGUGAACACCCCAACGGCCGCCACGGGCCACACAGGCCCGAAGGCCUGA